CUGCUGAAGGCCGUUGAAGGCCAUACCGACAUCGUGUACUCCGUCUCAUUCUCUCCGGAUGGCUCGCAAAUCGCCUCGGGCUCAGAGGACAACACCAUCCGCAUUUGGAACGCGGAAACCGGAAAGGAAGUCGGCGAGCCUUUACGGGGGCACACGGACUAUGUCAGAUCGGUGUCGUUUUCCCGCGAUGGAAACCGCCUUGUUUCUGGCUCAACUGACGGGACCGUGCGACUGUGGGACGUGGAGACAGGGCAGCGGAUCGGGCAGCCGCUCGAAGGACAUAUAGGCCAGGUUACGUGUGUCGCAUUUUCACCCGACGGCAACCGCAUCGUCUCGGGCUCAGAAGACAAGACACUCCGACUCUGGGACGCGCAGACGGGACAGGCCAUCGGCGAGCCUUUACGGGGACACUCUGACUGGGUUUGGAGCGUCGCAUUUUCACCGGAUGGGAAGCACAUCGCCUCUGGAUCCAGCGACCGCACGAUCCGACUCUGGGACGCCGAGACAGGCCAGCCAGUUGGGGCCCCGCUUCAAGGCCACGAUGGCACGGUUCGGUCAGUCGCAUAUUCCCCCGAUGGCGCGCGCAUCGUCUCGGGGUCAAGAGACAACGUGAUCCGGAUCUGGGACACUCAGACAAGGCAGACGGUGGUGGGGCCACUGCAAGGGCACGAAGGAUGGGUCAACUCCGUGGCAUUUUCGCCGGAUGGCAAGUACAUCGUCUCCGGCUCUCGUGACGGCACGAUGCGGAUAUGGGACGCGCAGACGGGUCAGACUGAAACCCGCGAGCCUUUACGGGGACACACGAGCGAGGUCUACUCGGUGUCGUUUUCCCCCGAUGGAAAGCGCCUUGCCUCUGGCUCAAUGGACCACACCAUGCGGCUGUGGGACGUGCAGACAGGGCAGCAGAUUGGGCAGCCGCUCAGAGGGCAUACAUCCCUGGUUCUGUGUGUUGCAUUCUCACCCAACGGCAAUCGCAUCGUCUCGGGCUCAGCCGACAUGUCGGUCCGACUCUGGGACGCGCAGACGGGACAGGCUAUCGGCGAGCCUUUACGGGAUUACUCUGACUCAGUUUGGAGCGUUGCAUUUUCACCGGAUGGGAAACACAUCGCCGCUGGAUCCAGCGACGGAACGAUUCGGCUUUGGAAUACAGAAACAGGCAAGCCAGCUGGGGACCCGUUUCGAGGCCACGAUCGCUGGGUUUGGUCAGUCGCAUAUUCCCCCGAUGGCGCGCGCAUCGUCUCGGGGUCUGGGGACAAGACAAUACGGAUCUGGGACGUUCAGACAAGACAGAUGGUGCUAGGACCACUGCGAGGGCACGAAGAAGCGGUCCCCUCGGUGUCAUUCUCGUCGAAUGGCGCUUACAUCGUCUCUGGCUCCUGGGACGGCACAAUUCGGAUAUGGGAUGCGGAGACGGGACAGACAGUGGCAGGGCCUUGGGAAGCUCACGAUGGCCGCUGCGUCCAGUCCGCUGCAUUUUCGCCCGAUGGCAAGCGCGUCGUCUCCGGCGGCUACGUUAAUUCAGCAAGAAUAUGGGAC